UUAUCAAAUAAUCGGCCGAGUGCGGGCCGACAAUUCAGAAUCUUCUGAAUGAUGUGGAAUGAUUUAUGAAACCAAAUUUGUGUUAUUGUUUAUUCCGACGCGUUGUAUAGCGUCGCAUUUCUGUUGACUCAUAAAGGUUCGUUUUCGAUUAAAUUUCCCCUCGUCUAACCACAAAGAUGUCUGCGCCGAAACAGCAACAGAAUGUUGAGCACAAAGAGAAGAAGAGGAAAGAGAGCAUUCUUGAUUUGUCGAAGUAUCUCGAGAAGAAUAUAAGGGUAAAAUUUGCCGGUGGCAGAGAAGCUGAAGGUAUCCUUAAAGGUUAUGAUCCUUUACUCAACUUAGUACUUGACAACACAAAGGAAUAUCUUAGAGAUCCAGAUGAUCCAUACAAAUUAAAUCAAGACACUCGUAUGCUGGGUUUGGUAGUGUGCAGAGGAACAUCUGUAGUGCUUAUUUGUCCUGUAGAUGGCAUGGAAUCUAUUCAGAAUCCGUUCAUACAACAAGAAGGAUAAACUAAAAAGAUCUUUAUCAAUAUAUGUUACAUCAUACAAAAGAAACUUAUCUUAAUCUUUAUAUUGAUUACUAUUUCUAUUUUUUAAAUAAAAAUAUAAUUUAUUUUG